UUGAUAGCCACAGAAGAGCUGCGUCCGUGACGUUACUGAUUCAACGUUCGGGGCAUGGACGUGCCCGCCCAUGACGCCAGUCACUUAAAAACGGACAUUGCGCUAGUUUUCCCCAUUUUCCGUUGUGUUGAAAGUCAGUGCAAUAGCGGCGACAUGAAUCGACUUCAGUGAGCUCCUUUGUAUUUUGCAGCAAGCCAGCGAUGCCACCCCCCACGAUACAGGACUAUGCUUCUCGCCAAACAGAGGCACCGGCUCCCUCCAAGGCAGACAACUUCCUCAACACGUGCGUCACCAUCGUGGCAGUGCUCAUCGUGGUCACGCUAAUCGUCAUGGGCUUCAUCCUGCUCAAGUGCUUCAGCAUCCAGGAAGUCUGUAACAGGACAAUAACCGCCUACGGCGACAUGAACACGUCCCUGUCCUGUGAAAGCGACGAAUGCAAGGCAUACGCGUUGACGAUGCGCGCCUCCAAGCUGGACUUCCAGGAGGCCUGCGAGGACUUCUACGAGCACGUGUGCGGCGGCUGGACGCGCACGGCCAAAGUGGCGCCGGACGAGGUCUUCAAGAGCGUCAACAGGGACAUGCGACGAGCCGUCGAGGACCAGAUCUCCGAGAUACUGAACAACACCGUGAUAUCGUACCGAGAGCAGACGGCGACCCAGAAGGCUGCUGCGCUUUACCAAGGCUGCAUCAACAUAGACCUGCGCAACAGCAAGGGUACGAAGCCCCUGGAGGACCUGCUGGCGCGCUACGAGCUCUCGCACUGGCCCAUUGUGAACCGGACGCAGCAGUUCCGCACCUUCCACCUGCUGGGCAACGCCAUCCGAGAGCUGCAUCUGGACGCGCUCAUCUCGGUCAGCGCACACCUCGACUACCACAACAGCGAACGCUACAUCCUCUACAUAGGGCAGCCGUCGUUCGGCGUCGAGACCCUGGUGCUGCGAGGCCGCUACCGGACUCCCUUCUUCCGCAUCUUGCACCGCUACAAGCUGUACAUCUACCGCUGCGCCCUGCUGCUCGGCGCCAACGUGGCCGCCGCCGACAUCGUCAACGACAUCGUCAACUUCGAGGCAAAGCUCGCCUACAUCUCGGAGCCGCCGACCGCGAUCCGCAACCCGCAGAGCGUGUACAACCUGAUGUCGCUCAAGAUGCUCGAAGGCGCCAUACCCGAGAUCCGCUGGGUGUAUUUCCUGAACAUUGUGCUGAAGGACGUAGGCGUGUCCCUCGACCUGGACGACCACGUGGUGGUGAUGCACCCACUCUACCUCAAGCGGCUCUCACGGCUCCUCAAGGAAGUGUCGAGGCGAGUUGCAUCGACUGUGGCCCGAUGUGUAGCAGCGUAUAGCAUACCGCCAAGCGAGCCGCGCGGCGAGUGUCAACAGGUCACGCUGUCCUGCUCCCACGCGACCACCUUGUGCUUCAUGUCGUCACGAAUGCGGUCACCUCUCGGGAAACUAAACGUUGGCUGGCUGUAAAAAGGCUAUUAUAUCGAGGCUUUCCACUUAAACGUCUGAAACCUUAAUUCAACGCCAAAAAAAAAAAAAUCAGUGCCCUUCCACUCUGUGAAUGAGGAUGAACAGAUAAGCUGUGAAUGCGGGCCCCUUAACGGCGAACUGCACCUCCGCCGCGGGUCGGCCCGGCAUCGUACUAUCUUCGGGAUCGGCCCACGCAUGAAAAAUUUCUGGUCUAUGCAUCCACGGAGACGAGAUCCGCCAGCACCCAGCCCCAUAAACAGCUUCGCUGUAAAAGUAAAAGGGGACUUGGACAUAUGUCAGUAUUUCUUUAACGCGCACUGCGAGCAAACAUUAGGCCGAGGUGACGCGAUGGAGUUGUCACGAUAACAAUUAAGUCCACUGCCAGCACAUAGGGUUCAAUUUGCCCAGUA